AUGGCGCAAUUCAUACCGCGUCAGGCAUUUCCUCACUAUGGGGCCAUCCCGAGGUCUUACUUCUUGGGACAUCACCGGGCUGGUCUGAGCAAGAUGAAGAACAUGCUAUCUUCAAUCGACUACGUCGUCGAGUGCCGAGAUUAUCGGGCUCCUGUCACAUCAAUCAAUCCUUUGUUUGAGGAAGCACUGGGAAACAAGAGACGACUGGUUGUUUAUACGAAAAGAGAUCUUGGCAGCAUUCCCAAAUCGCCUACCCAGAAGCUUUUAGAGAAAAAGGUCCGAAGCUUCGACCCUAAGAGCGCCGUGUUUUUUGUCAGUUCAUCGUCCCGCGCCGACGUCACUCAAAUUAUCAAACACCUCCGAGACGAUGCCGAAGGACCAGAUAGGCUCGUGGGAUGCCGAGUCUUGGUAGUGGGAAUGCCCAAUAUUGGAAAGUCGACCUUGAUCAACCACCUACGGAACUUUGGUGUUGGAAAAGCAAAAGCCCUGAAAACUGGAGGUCAGCCUGGUAUCACACGGAAGAUCGCCAGCCCCGUGAAGAUCAUCGAGCGAGAGAGCGGGUCCCACGUCUACGUGCUCGAUACUCCGGGUGUCUUCAUGCCAUACGUUCCAGAUGCCGACAAUAUGCUCAAGCUAGCAUUGUGUGGCUGUGUCAAAGACGCCGUCAUCUCACCCGUCACCCUCGUCGAUUACUUGCUCUAUCAGAUCAACUUGCAUGAUGCGCAGGCGUAUAAGCGUUGGUCCGAGCCUACCAACGAAGUCAUGCCGUUGCUUGAGAGUUUUGCACGACAAACGGGGCUACUGGGAAAGGGUGGGAUACCGAAUAUAGACAGUGCAGCACUGCACUUUAUUCAGAAGUGGCGGGCGGGUGAUCUUGGUCGAUUCAUUCUCGACGACUUGGAUGCAGAGCAACGGCGGCGAGAUGAUCCUGAUCAAAAGGCACGUUUGAGUAUGUCCCAGGCUUUGAAAGUCGAGAGGACAACGCGGAAGAACAAGCCGGACGUAAAUACUACCAACUCCUCUUAA